GACCGACUGACACCUAUCAACUGAUUUCAACUCUAAUUUGGAAAACGCUGCUAUUUGAACUGAGCAUACUCAUAGUUCAGCAGGUGAUUAUCAACAACUUGCAAGUUAACUUUAGGAAUAUACUCGGUAAGUUAGUGUACUUUUAAACGUGUAUUUUUGACAAUGAAAUAAGUUGUGCUGCAGCAGAAUAAAGGAGGCUAUCAUUUUCAGUAACAGGCAGCAACUUUACCAAACUAUCUGGCUUUCUUGUGUUCAGCUUUUGAGGACUUUGACUUUAUUCACCAUGCAACAACGGUUUCCACAUAGGAUGUACCCCGAAAGGAUGGUAUUUUGGUGAAUUAGUUUGAGAACGUUUGAACGGGAAUAUUGCGUCAAUAAAGGUGAUUCUACUCUGCGUUAAUCGUGGCCACUAGUCUACCUGUCACCGAAUUAUUUCAACCAACCACUCCCACCCCGGUCCCCUCGUGCUGUCUUUCCGUGGAUCGCCUGCCUCGCCCGCUAACAGUGAUGACGUGCGGUUGGAGUCCGGGAGCUGUCACGGUUUGGAGAACUACCGUUUUCCUGCUCAACAUCGCGUGCGCAGCGUCGGCCAAGAGACACGUCGUCUACUGGAACUCCACCAACACUAGUUUGACGGGAGGGGAUCUGUCCAUCCAGGUGAAUCUGAAUGACUACCUGGAUAUCUACUGCCCCCACUACCCUCACCCGUCUCCCCCCAGUGAGGUCUACCCCCAGGCCCCACCAGACAGCCUGGCCCUGUACCUGGUGGCUGAGGGGGGGUUCAGGGGCUGUGUGGAGACCCAGGGGGCCAUCAAGAGGUGGGAGUGUAACAGCCCCCGUGCCCCCUUCGGUCCUGUCCGCUUCUCAGAGAAGAUCCAGCGCUUCACCCCCUUCUCUCUGGGCUUCGAGUUCCUCCCCGGACACCACUACUACUACAGCUCAUUGCCUACAGGGGAAAGCUCUCCGCUGCCUUGCAUGAAGCUGCGAGUCACAGUGUGCUGUGAGCCCACAACCAAAGGGUCCAAGCAGAACAAGCAGGAACAAGGUACUCCAGCUCUUCACAGUGGUGUGUGUUCAAUGAGGACAGUUCCUCUUUCUCUCCUCCUCCUCAUCCCACUCUUGAACUUCCUCUCUAUCUAGCACCCCUCUAUUCAAGCUGACCUGCUGAGUAUCUACCAUGCCCACUGUAGAUGGCCUGCCUCACCCACUCAGUCCUUACUUUAAACUAUCCACACCUCAUAGGGAGGCCAAGUCUUCAUUUCAGACACUAAAAUGACUGCAAUAGGGUAGACUUCAACACUACACACACUCCUACUACACACUCUAACUACACACACUCCAACACAUCACCUCUGUCUUUUCUGGGGUGGCACUAAUCUUUCUCUUCUUGGCCUCCUCUUUUCUCUCUGUCCACUCUCUCCUCUCGUUCCUCCUCUUCCAUCCCUCGCUCCUGUCUAAGCUCCCUCUGAAACAGACUGACACUAAUCUACCAUCAAAGCUCCCAUUCUUCAUUUCCCACCUUUAUCCACUCCAUCCUGUAGACUCCAUCUGUGUCGUCUCUCUUCCUCUCUCUUCCCCUCUCUCUCUCUCUCUUUCUGUCUCUGUGUGUGUGAACAUAAUGUGCCAGCUGAGGCAAAGUGGACCAUCCAGACGUUGUUCUGUUAAAUUACUACGGAGAGGACCAGACUGGCUGUCAGAGGUUACUGCUUCUGAACACAACCAUGUUUUUGAGUUGACCUCAUUGGAUUUGAAAGUCAUUGUUUUCUAGACAAAAAACAACUAUUUUUUUUGUAUCCAUUGUGGGACCAACACAGUAACACCAAACGUUGAUACAACUUAAUUUUAAAAAGUUAGAGUGACGACACUGCCUCAAACAGGAUAUGCUGUGUGAGUGGAACCCUGGGAAUGGUGAACUAGAAUAUUGUGACUGUUCUGCUACGCCCUCUACUGGGAUCAUGCUGGUUAGACUGGUCCAACUGUUCUGUAACACCUGACACUCUGGGAUUGGAGAAUAGACCCUGCUACUCUGUGGUCUUCAUCUGACCAUAUCUGGAAUUAACUGGACUGUGUCUGGUGGUUUACCUCUGUCUUAAAAGGCAAUCAAAAGGAAUUGUGGGAAACACACUGAGGGUACCGCCUCACUUCACCUCACACGCUCCGAACCACAUCGGCUGAUUGACAGAUGCUCCUCACCAACCAGGUGUGCAGGUACAGUAUUUAGACUGUCUGCUGAGCACUUAACCAGGCGAGGACCUCUACCAAUGAGAAGAAGCCAAAGCUGGUGUUUGUUUGAAUAGAGGUUUUUGUUUUAGUGCAGUAAAGAUUCUGCUUUAGGUGUUUCAGUUAAAUGUUGAUGUUUUGUAGAGGUCCUGUAAUGUUGGCAUCCAUUUUGAUUAUUUGAAACAUCCUGAAAAAAAAAUCAAUUUUUACAUGGCUGAACUUUUUUUAUACAAAUGUUUACAGGUCUAGAUUUAGAUUGCUGUUGUUUAUAGUGCUAUCAAGAAUAACUAAAGCACUUUAGUACAGGUUACCCUGUAUUUUUCUUUCAGUUAUAAAACAUACAUUUUUAUCAUCUUUUCCUUAAACAAAUAGCAUUAAAAAAUGCCAUUUUAUUAUCAAAGCAAUUUAAAUGAAUUAAUUUCAUUUUGAUUGUUUCAUAUAUUUUAUCUUUUGGUUAGAUAUGACAUUUUUGAAUUUAUUACUUCAAUGCAAUUUCAUGUUCCAAUUACAAAAGUAAUAUCACUAAAGUUCAUUUACAGUAGAAGUGUUACAAAUAUCACUAACUUAGCAAACAUGCAUGUUUCCUUUUCAAAAGUGAAACUGAAAUUAUUAACUGAAAUUAUUCUUAUUAAUUUAAUCCCACAAAAAAUAGUGUAUUUAAUUAAAUUUAUAAUUCUGAUUAGUUUCUUACCUUAAUCCAACAUUAUUAAUCAUUCUUAAAUACAGGCUUUUCUGGGCUGCAGAUUCUUCCACAUUCUAAUGUUGUCUUUGGUCACAGCAUUUAGAAAAACAAUGUUUUCUUUCAGAAUAAAUAUGUUGACUAUUAGUUAUUCCUGUAAGCACUUACUCACGAAGAGGAGUUUGUAGUAUUACAUUACACACACAUUUGGAUAACAAUAUGCUUCAAUGACAGUUAAAUAUUUUGUUCUAGUCUACGCAGGUUAUUCAGUAAUGUAAUGAUUAUUCCAGGGGUUUAAACACUGAUGUCUGGAACCUUGUUGUAUAAAGCUGGUGCUCCCAGAUUUAGUUUUUUUUGUUUUCACAUUUUAGUGAAGUAUGUAGCAUCUUCUAUGAAGAGCGAACUGCAAACUGAGCCCAUUUAUACAAGGUGAGAUGACAAAAUAAAGAUGAUUGCAAUAAGA